GCCUCAGUAAAGGAUAAGGUGGAAAGAAGAGGUUAAGUAAAAUGUGAGAGACUAGGGUUGGCAUUGAUAAGCAGGUAAGCAGAAAGGGUCAGAUCAUGGGUUCUAGCUGGUGACACUAACUCCCUCUUUCAUCUUAGGUACGUUGUGAACUCUUGUCAAUGGCCAUUUGGUAAUUGUGGGAUUUAUUGCAGGGACUGCUGACAUUCAGGGAUGUGGCCGUAGAAUUCUCUCCGGAGGAGUGGAGAUGUCUGAACCAUACUCAGCGGGAAUUAUACAGAGAUGUGAUGUUAGAGAACUAUGGACACCUCCUCUUCGUGGGUCUAAUUGUAUCAAAGCCAGAUUUGGUCUCCUUUUUGGAGCAAAGGAAGGAACCUUGGGAUCUGAAGACAAAGAAGACAGUAGCCAUCCAUCCAGCUGUAUCUUCACAUGACACCCCAAGCUUCCUGUCAGAGCUGUGCAAAGAAGCUUCAUUUCCAAAUGUGUCAGUGGGUCCAUAUAAACAUAGUGUCCUUGAGAAGUUACACUUAAUGAUAGACUGGGACAAUGAUCAUAAAGGAUAUAUUCAAAUUGAGGCUACUGCCCAUAAUAAGAAUCUCACUGCCCCACUUGGUGAAGGAUAUAAAACAUUGUGUAAAACCUUUCUUUUUAAGGCCACUAGUUCUAUAAAGCAGAGUGUUUCUGUAGGCAACAGCUCAAAUCAAAUACUCAAAGAUACAUAUUUAUGGAAAGAUAAUGUAGAAAAUCUGGAAAGUUACCAUGCUGAAGAUAAUAAUUUGAACAAUCUGGAAAAUAGGAUUAGACUGACCUUUCAGUCAAAUAUGUCUAAACAUCAGAGAUUUAUAAAUGAAGAAGCAACUGCUAGGUGGUUUCAGUAUGAGAGGUCCUUCACCAAGGACUCAACCCUACAAAAUUACCAGACCGUUUUCAGUGAAGACAGACUUGUUCAAGGCAGUGAAUCUGAGGAAAAAUGUAAUCAAGGCUCAAAUGUUGAUAAACAUCUGAGGACUCAUUCUCCAGAGACCCAUUCUGAAUGUAAUCCAUGGGGGGACGUCUUUCAUCAAAGAGCCAACCUUGUAUAUAACAGUAUGCAUGGGAAAGAGAAUCCUUAUAAAUACAAUGAUUGUGAAAAUGAUCUUAACCACUCCACUGGUGUUGGUGAUCACCAGACAAUUCAUGGGAGAAAAAACCCAUGCACAUACACUAAACCUGGGAACCUGUUGUGUCAGUCAUCAAGAAUACGCAUACAUAAGACAGUGUGUAGUAGAGAGAAACCUUACAAAUGUCAGGAAUGUAGCAAGGCCAUUAUCCAUCAAUCAGUCCUCACUCAGCAUCACACAAUUCAUAAGGGAGAGAAAUCUUAUCAAUGUAAACAAUGUGGCAAAGCCUUUAUCUGUCAAUCAAAACUUACUCAACAUCACAGAAUUCAUACAGGAGAGAAACCUUAUAUAUGUAAAGAAUGUGGCAAGACCUUCAGCCACCAACCAAACCUUAUUCGACAUCACAAAUUACAUACUGGAGAGAAACCUUACCAAUGUAAAGAAUGUGGCAAGGCCUUCAACCAGCGCUCAAACCUUACUCGACAUCACAGAUUUCAUACUAGAGAGAGACCUUACCAAUGUAAAGAAUGUGGCCAGGCCUUUAUAUAUAAAUCAAACGUUACUCAACAUUACAAAAUCCAUACUGGGGAGAAACCUUAUGAAUGUAAAGAAUGUGGCAAGGCAUUUAUCCAUCAGUCAGGCCUUACUCAACAUCACAGAAUUCAUACUAAAGAGAAACCUUAUAAAUGUGAGGAAUGUGGCAAAGCUUUUAACCACCACUUAAACCUUAGUAAACAUCACAGAAUCCAUACUGGAGAGAAACCUUAUAAAUGUAAAGAAUGUGGCAGGACCUACAGCCACCGGUCAAGCUUUAUUCACCAUCACAAAAUUCAUACUGGCGAGAAACCUUAUGAAUGUAAAGAAUGUGGCAAGGUUUUUCUCCAUCAGUCAAGCUUUAGUCAACAUCUCAGAAUUCAUACUGGAGAGAAAUCUUACCAAUGUAAACAAUGCGGCAAGGCUUUUUAUCAGCAAUCAAACCUUACUCAGCAUCACAAAAUUCAUACUGGAGAGAGACCUUAUAAAUGUAACGAAUGUGGCAAAUUCUUUAACCACCACUCAAGCCUUAUUGGACAUCAGAGAAUUCAUACUGGAGAGAAACCUUAUAAAUGUAAAGAAUGUGGGAAGGCCUUUAUCCAUCAAUCAAGCUUCAUUCGACAUCACAGGAUUCAUACUUGAGCAGUUCUUACAAAUAUAAGACAGUGAGAGAAUUUGUAAGACCUGUUGAACCCUAACUCUACAUCAGAGCAUUCAUAUUGGAGAGUAACUAAUACAUGUGUAAAGAAUGUGGCAAGACCCUUAAGCAAUGUUACACUUUCAUUCCUUAUCAGAGAAUGGAUAGUGGAAGUGAUUAUAAAUAUAAACAUUGGCAAGCCCUUUCAUAGUUCUCAAGCCUCUCUCAUCAUUACAGAAUUCAUACUAGAGAAAUAUUAUAACUAAAGAAUGUGGUAAAGGUUUCAGGAUGUUCAACCCUCACUCAGCAUCACUGAGUUCAUACUGAGGAAAAAUGAUACAAAAUCGAAUGAAUGUGGCAAACCUCUAGCUGGAAGUCAUAACUUGCUCCAUAUUAUAGUUAUCAUACAAAAACAAAAUUGAAAUGGGAAGAAAGUGGCCAAAUCUUUAACUGGAAUCCAAUCCUUACUCAGUAUCCCAAAACACAAUCUUGGUUCAAAGUGUAGCAACAUAAUGAAGGAGGAGAGUAUGUUACACCUUAGGAAACCUCAUUGUUCAGAGAAGAAAAGUAACUUGAAAGGUAAAAAUAAUUAGAAAUGUAUUUAAUUGAACAUAAAAUGUCAAUAAAUGUCACAAUUCAUAGUACAAAGCAGUUUAUCUGUCACUCUAUUCAGACAUCACAUCAAAAAGGAACUAAUAUAAAGUUAGUCAGUUAGAUCAUGUAUAUGCAAUUAGGCUUCAAAAGAGAGAAGGGAUG